CGACGGCACUCCGUACGUGCGCCUCACGAACGUCAACGCCGCCUUCAAGGCCUUCUCGUUCACUCUCCCGGGCAGUACCGUGCCGGUAGGGUCCCAACAGCAGGUGUUGUUCUGGGUGCAGCUAGGCCCCGGGGCAAACUCCCAAUUCAAGAUGGACCUCAACUUUGUCGUCAACGGCGAUUACGUGUGCGCAGGCAAGAACCAGCUUUUAACGCUUCAGGAUUCAGGACGGUUUGGGCUCAGUGCUCGUGCCGUCCUGAUUGCAAAGGUGGGCUGCUGGUCUCUGCUUUCCUCGGGUUACCAAAUCCAAGCGGUGCCUAACAGAGUAGACGUCCGUCUGCAAGGCGUUACCAACCAGGACAUCUGGCUGCACGCCGUGUCCAUUAUCUCCGUGCCCAAGAACCUGUACCUCAACGAUUUGGCUGCUCGGACUGCUGCGAUCCGCAAGACUGACGUCAGCGUCCAGGUCGUUGACGCCAGCAACAAUCCGGUGCCUGGCGCCUCCGUCCAGAUCACCCAGACGCGGACCUCCUUUCCCUUCGGAGGCUCACUUGAAGCCGUGGUCCUGACGUCCACGCCUUAUGCAAACUACUUCAAGUCACUGUUCAACCACGCUGUCUUCGAGAACGAGAUGAAGUGGUAUUCCACCGACCCCAACGGCCCCACGUUCGACUAUUCCGUUCCAGACGCCAUGCUCGAUUUUUGCAACCGGAACAACAUCCCCGUGCGUGGCCACAACAUCUUCUGGGACGUCGCGGAGGUGAUCCAGCCUUGGGUUGCCGGUCUGAGUACCGCCGGAGGCAUUCCGGGGAGCGAUCUGUACAAGGCAAUGGUGGCUCGGCUUCAAAGCAUUGUGUCGCACUACAAGGGACGG